CUCUCUGCUAUUACGAAAUGAUACAUUCAAUAGUAAAUGUAUUUUUCCAUAUAUAAUUUCCUUUUUAUCAAUAAUUUUUAACGCUAAUUUUAUUUUUUUUUAUAUUCGAACGUUAAAUAGAGAAAAAGCAAAGAUUCUGAUAAAAUAAGUACAAAAGUGCAGCAACACGAAUGGACUAUAGAAACUUUUCUGAACCCUGCAAGAAAAUUAAACUUCCUCGAUUGGCGCCAAUUACAAAAGUCUUUAAUUUGAACAAUUGUUGAAUAACAAAUAAUUUUUGGCGAAAAACGAUGCAAUGUGCAUGCGUAUGUUUAACGUCCCUAGUAGCCAAUGCAUCAUAAAGAAUUUCGAAUAAAUCUCCGCACACAUUAGCGUAAGCAUGAAACGAUCUUGAGACUUGCUGUGGGGAAUAGGUUAGAAAAACAUCUCGCGGUGUUUUCUGAUGUCUGUAAAAGAUUUUUGCAAUGCUAGUACUGGCAAUUAGAAGUGGUGUGCUGUGCAGUUUGCGGCGAAUCGCCGCGUACGUCACUUGCGGGAACAAAAUGCGGGUGAAGAUCGCACGGCGGUGCAACGAGACAAAUUUGCUGUCUACCUCGCACCCGAAUGUCGCCGCCUGCUGCUGCAGACUUUACAGCACCGAGUCGGAUUCGGAACCGCGCGUCUCCCUGCCUAUGCUCGUGGCCGAUGCGAAUGUUUUUAUGCCGUCUCUUUUAACCCCGUUCCGUCUUUUCUUCCUGUCCUUUCACACUAUUCCACACAUAGAUAAAGAAUUUCUCGUGUCAGACACUCUGGACGGAGCCCAAUACGCAAUAACAGUAAUAUCCAAGGCUUUAGCGAGGAAAGACUACGAUUCCUUGGAAGGUCUUGUGGCAGAAGAUAUGAUAGAGGUCUUAAGGACAAAGAUCGAGACUCUCAGCCCUGAGCAAAGAUUUUUAAUUGCUGUAAACGAAGAGGACAUUGCGUUUCAUGUUUUGUGUGAUAUCGCAGUUAAGACAGAUGAGGAGCAUUCCAUUCAAAUUAAACUAAUGUGUCACUACGUCCCAGAUUACGCUGAGAAAAAGAAGAGAAUGGAAGUUGAUUCUCCCAGAAACAUUUCAUUCACGUCUGUUUUGAAGGAUUUCUUGGUGUGUAAUUAUACAUUUACCCGUAAAUAUAUAAAUAAUAUUGGUGGUCCCUGGAUUGCAACUUUCGUUAAUCAUUACAGUGUCGAUAACGUGUCAUAGGUAUGUUGACAUAUUUGCAAAACAGUUUGAAAUAAAAUUCAUAUUAAUCUGUUUUA